AAUUUGAUACAGCGUUAUUUAUUGUAUAUAUUUUAUUGGGAAGAGGAACUAACAAAGAAAGAUUUAAAAAAAAAAAUGCCCGAAGCGAUGAAGAUAAUUGUUAUAACCAACCCUCGUAAAAAUGUUUUUAGAGUUUAUUAUAAUCAAGCUGUGUCAAAUAAACAUCGCUUAAAACUAAUAAAUUGGUGGAUUAAAGAUAUUGGAUUAUACCAGAGGCCAGCGUUGCCUUCACCCCAAAAAGUGUACCAUAAUUUUCAUGGAAAAAUAUUUUACGUACCUGUGGUACAUAAACCGCCAUGGCAUUUUGUUAAAUACGACAAUACCUCAAAAAUCCGUGUUGAAGGCGGUCGAGACGAUAAACUUCUUGCGGUCAUAGCAGAAAAAUUAAAUUUUCGAUAUUCUUAUUUUGAUCCACCAGAUAGAAGCCAAGGGUCAUCAAUCCUAACAAAUGGUACAUUCGAAGGUGUUUUAGGAUUAAUAUGGACCAGAAAAGCAGAUUUUUUUCUAGGAGAUGUAGCUAUAACGUUAGAGCGAAGUUUAGCAGUAGAGUUUUCAUUUUUAACAUUAGCUGAUAGUGGAGCGUUUGUGACACAUGCACCAGGUCGAUUAAAUGAAGCCCUGGCAUUAGUACGACCAUUUCAAUUGAAUGUUUGGCCAUUAGUUGUUUUAACUGUACUUAUUUCUGGUCCAAUUUUAUAUGGACUAAUAGCUUCACCAGCAAUGUGGCGUAGACGGAAACGUUUUACAAUGGGAUGUCAAAAGAAAUUAUUCAACGAUUGUGUGUGGUUUACGACAACCAUAUUUUUACGGCAAACGGGAAAAACUCCAGAUAAAAGUUUUCGUGCAAGAUUUUUUACAAUCACAUUAUCAAUUGUUGCAACAUACGUUAUUGGAGACAUGUAUUCAGCAAAUUUAACUUCGUUAUUAGCUCGCCCUGGAAGAGAAAAACCAAUUAGCACGUUAUCUGAAUUAGAAGAUGCAAUGCGAAACGAUGAAUAUGAAUUGUAUGUUGAAAGGCAUAGUUCAUCGUACACCAUAUUAGAGAAUGGUACUGGAAUAUAUGGUCGAUUAUGGAAUUUAAUUCAACAUCAAAGACAAUAUUUAAUUGAUUCGGUUGAAACUGGUGUUAAAAUGGUGAGAAAUUCAAAACACAUUGCGGUAAUUGCUGGUCGUGAAACUAUAUUCUUUGAUUCACGUCGUUUUGGUGCACAUCAUUUUCAUUUAAGUGAAAAAUUAUAUACAGGUUAUUCGGCUAUUGCAUUUCAAAAUGGUUGUCCCUAUAUUGGAAAUUUCAAUGAAAUUUUAAUAAAGUUAUUUGAGGCUGGUAUAUUAACCAAAAUGACUGAAGAAGAAUAUGAAAAAUUGGGUAAAAAACAAUUAUCAGAUGAAACAUUAAAUCACGACGAAACAAUAAAUAGUAACAGCAAUUCAAAUCCAAAUGAUAAUAAUCCAUCACAAACAAGUGGUUCAAUUGGUUCGCAAACGAAUACUGUUAAAAAAGCUGCCGUUAUUGAGGAAGAACGACGAUCAGAGCCGAUAAAUUUGUCAAUGUUACAAGGUGCUUUCUAUAUAUUACUACUAGGGCAUAUGCUAUCAACUUGUACAUUUUUAAUGGAACUUGGUAUGUUUACUAAAAAACAUAAAAAAAUAGUCAAGAAAAAGCGUCAAAAUUGGUUCCAAUUAACAAUCAAUAAAUACUUUAAAUGCUAUUUUUGUAAAUUAUGUCAAAAGCCAUGUUUUAGUUUUGUUCGCUGGAUGAAAGAAAAAUUUGAACAAGCUAUACAUGAGGUAGCAUUAGAUUCACUAGAAUACGUAGAAUAA